UCUGAAUGUAGUGAAUGUGGGAAAACCUUCAGCCAUAAGUCAUCUCUCAUCCUAUAUCAGAGGAUACACAGAGGGGAGAAAUGCUAUGAAUGCACCAAAUGUGGGAAAACCUUUGGGUAUAGGUCAGGCCUCGCAGUACAUCAGAGAACACACACAGGGGAGAAACCCUAUGAAUGUAAUGAAUGUGGAAAAAAUUUCUGUGAGAAGUCAAAUCUCCAUGUACAUCAGCAAACACACAGAGGGGAGAAACCCUAUGAGAGUAAUGAAUGUCAGAAAGCCUUCAGUGAUACGAAUUUCUCCCAGAAGCCAAACUUCAUUAAUCAUCAGAGGACUCACACAGGAGAGAAACCCUAUGGAUGUCACAAAUGUGGAAAAUCCUUCUCUGUGAAGUCGAAACUGAGGGAACAUCAGAGAACACACACAGGAGAGAAGCCUUAUAAAUGUAAUGAGUGUGGGAAAACUUUCUACCAUAAGUCAUUCCUCACAGUACAUCAGAGAACCCACACAGGGGAGAAACCCUAUGAAUGUAACCAAUGUGGGAAAACCUUCUACCAGAGUCAUUCCUCACAACACAUCAGAGAACACACUAGGGAGAAACACUACAGGUGUAAUGGAACCUUUCACCAGCAUCUCAAUUUCAGUAAACAGCAGAGAAACAGCACUAAGAAGAAACCGCUGUCAUCAUCCUGAAACCUUCACACUCUUGUUGGACUCAUUGCAUAGCAGAAACAACCUGGGGCUGAGAUGGGGGACCCAGUAUAUAUGAGAAAUCUUUUGCCUAGAAGUGACAUUUCAUUGAGUAGCAAAUAAUUAAUAUUUGAUAACUUUAUUAAUAUUUUGAAGAUGUUACAGUGUCAAAAAAAGUUUAAAAAGGAGGCCUUUUCUUUUGUAGAAUAUGUAUA